AUGGAGACAUCAGUACGCUUCACGCCGCUGUCCGGCGUUGAUGCGGAGUCGCCGCUUUGUUAUUUGCUGGAGAUCGAUUCCUUCACAAUCCUCUUAGAUUGUGGCUGGGAUGAAAAUUUUGACGAGUCUGCACUGGAACCUAUUAAAAGGGUUUUACCCCGAGUCAAUGCCGUACUGCUGUCACACCCCGACGUGGCGCACCUGGGCGCGCUGCCGUACCUGGUGGGCAAAUGCGGCCUGACGGCCCCCAUCUUCUCUACCAAACCCGUACGGCGCAUGGGCGAAAUGUUCAUGUUUGAGUCGUACCUUGCAAAGCAGGCAAGUACGAGCAUCGACUUUGCCAUAUUUGAUCUGGACGAUGUGGAUGCGGCCUUUCGUCUGAACCCGCGCUGGACCGAGUUGCGGUUCAGUCAGCGGCACCAGCUCCUGGCGGCGAUGCCCGCCACCGCCGGCGGCGGCAUCGCCAUUGCUGCCCACGCGGCGGGUCGCUACCCGGGUGGUGCAGUUUGGCGCAUAUCGCUGGGUUGCGGAGAGGAGGUGGUUUAUGCGGUUGACUACAACCACCGGAAGGAAAGGUUGCUCAACCGGACCAACCUUGACGAGCUGUUGUCCUCCCAGCAGCCCGCACUGCUCAUCAGCGACUGCCUGAACGGGCUCACGGAGAACACUGAUCGACACCGCCGGGACGAGGAGUUCCUGGACGCCAUCACAGCCACGGUGGAGGCGGAGGGCAGUGUGCUCAUACCCACAGACGCGGCGGGGCGAGUGCUGGAGCUGGCUCUGCUGCUGGACGAGCAUUUCUCAAGGGCACGGUACGACAAGGGUACGACAUCCCCCGUGUUGUUGUCCGCCACCAUCAAGACGGUGUUGGAGUUCGCCCGCACCCAGCUGGAGUACCUGGGGAGCGAAUUGGUGCAGGCCUUCUCUUUGAAGCGCUCCGUGCCCUUCUCAUUCCGCAAGCUCUCCGUCAUCACCCGACUGGAGGAGCUGGGGGCAUUUCCGGGACCCAAGGUGGUGUUGGCCCCCAUGCCCUCCCUGGAGAGCGGUCCUGCGCGGGAGCUGCUGGUGCAGUGGGGGGCCCUGCCCAGGAACACAAUCAUCUUCACGGAGCGGGCGCAGGUGGGG